AUGCCUGGUUCACCCUCUCGAUACAUCAACCAUCACAGGUCACCAAGAGCCAUCACAGGUCACCAGAAACCAUCACAGGUCACCAGGAACCAUCACAGGUCACCAGAACCAUCACAGGUCAUCAGAAACCACAUCAUCACAGGUCACCAGGAACCAUCACAGGUCACCACAGGUCACCAGGAGCCAUCACAGGUCACCAGAGUCACGGGUCAACAGAUCCAUCAUAAAACAACAGGAACCAUCACAGGUCACCAGGAACCAUCACAGGUCACUCAGGAGCCAUCACAGAUCACCAGGAACCAUCACAGGUCACCAGGAGCCAUCACAGGUCACCAGGAACCAUCACAGGUCACCAGGAACCAUCACAGGUCACCAGGAACCAUCACAGGUCACCAGGAACCAUCACAGGUCACCAGGGUCCAUCACAGGCCACCAUUAGGAGGUCAGGAAGCGGAGGACACGAGUGACCACCUGACAGCUGGCACGAUGAGGACGCCACAAGAACCACGGCCUCAGGUCCUCAAACACGGCCUGGAGUCCUCAACCACGGCCUGGAGUCCUCAACCACGGCCUGGAGUCCUCAACCACGGCCUGGAGUCCUCAACCACGGCCUGGAGUCCUCAACCACGGCCUGGAGUCCUCAACCACGUCCUGGACAAGACAAGAACCACGUCCUAA